AUGACUUUGGUAGAGGUACAGAUACAGGGCAGUAGGAAGAGAACUGAAGAGGCUAAGAUCGAUAAAAACCCUGUCAGUAAACGUGAGAACGUGAUUGAGGAAUGUCUCAACGAACUAUUAGAAAUGGCAAAGACAAUCACUGCUGAGCAUGGCCUACGUAACUACGUUACUGUAUUCCCGAUUUUAACACUGCGACAGUUGGCUGAAAAGACGCCACUGACUGUAGACGAGAUGACGGCAAGUAUCGAUGGUUUGCCGAAAGCAAAAGUCAACAAAUAUGGAGCUGAGAGAUUUCUUGAAAUCACUAAGAAUUAUAAUCUAAUUCUCUCGAAUUUACAACAAGAGGAGGAGGAGGUGGAAUCAGAUAAUCCGGAGUGGGAGUCUCCCUACUUUGUUGACGAGUCAGCUGGUUCAUCUAACACAGGCAGAAAGAGGGGGGCCUACAAAAAGAGAGGUUUUGGAAGAAAGAAGAGGGGAGCUAGAAGCCAGUCAGGUUCAGGGAAUUCUGGGGGAUUUUCUGACAAAGGGAGCAAAUUUUCAGCAUGCAGAUUCUCCAAAGGAUCAUCCAAGAACUUGAAGAAGGUCCCAAGUGCUGGAAAAAACCAGAGGGGUGGAUCUAGCAGUUCUAGAGGUGGCGCCAAUAAUUCAAGGGAUGGAUUAGGAUUUAUGCCAGUCCCACAACCUAAGCAAUCAUUUCUGGGUGUGGAUCAGGCAGCCACAUUUGAUUCCAAAAGAGUUCAUAUACACAACCUCUUCAGAAUGGUACAGUACUGUGAGAACGUGGCCGACUGUCGACAAUCACAGCUGCUUUUAAAUUACUUGUCUUUGGAGAACGAGACUUUGAUAGAGAGAAGUGUGGAAAUUUCCGUGGAGCUAUGUGUGACAACUGUGUGUCUUCAUAAUAAAUGA